CUCUUCCUGGCCAUCAUGGCUGUCACGGCGGCGGCCAUCUCCCUGCUCUUCUAUGCUCUCCUCUGGAAGGCCGGCAACCUCACAGACCUGCCCAACCUCAGAGUCGGCUUCUACAACUUCUGCCUGUGGGACCAGGGCACCGGCUCCCUGCGGUGCCGCCAGUUCCCUGAGCUGGAGGCCCUGGGCGUGCCGCGGGUUGGCCUGGCCCUGGCCAGGCUUGGUGCAUAUGGGGCCCUGGUCUUCACGCUCUUCGUCCCCCUGCCUCUCUUCCUGGCCUGGUGCAACAGCAGCGACGGAGAGUGGCGGCUGGCGGUGGGCUUCCUGGCCAUGUCCUCCACGCUGCUGGCCGGCGGCCUGGGCCUCUUCCUCACCUACACCUGGAAGUGGGUCAGGCUCUCCCUGCUGGAGCCCGGGUUUCUAGCUCUGGGCACCGCGCAGGCCUUACUCGUCGUCUUGCUCAUGGCCACGAUCCUGUUUCCUCAGAGGGCGGAGGACAAGAGCAAGCUGGACAACUACUAGGUCUGU